AUGGAAGAGUGUUGAGAUGAUUUGGAAGAAGUCACUGACUUUGCGGUUUGAGCUGAGAAUACACUAGACGCUACUGUGCUUCCAAACACUGAUUUAUCAUCAGGCCAUGAUAACCUUGGUGCCCACUCUAUUGGAGGGUUUGUGGAGAGCUUCUCAAGUACACACAUCUGCAGGUUCUGUCUUGGAGAAAGAUCUCAAUUCCAGAUACCCUGAUGUCUCCUCAAGCCAAACUUCGAAUCAUUCUUCAGGACCAUGAAAUUCGCAAACUGGACUUACCGGAUGGAAUCCCUGAUACUGUGGAUGAACUUGAGUCUAUUGUGAGGGAGAAAUUUGGGCUUGAUGGGAACUUUACCUUGCAUUAUAAGGAUGCUGACUUUGGAGAGGAAUAUUUUUCUCUUACCUCAACAAGUGACAUCAAGGACAAGGAUACCAUUAAGGUGGUUCACAUUGUUGAACCUCCUACACUUACUCUGACCUUUACUGAUGGGGACAGUUCCUUUGAAAGUGCAUCAGUAGCCUCGCUCCCUAAUUCUGAGACCUCUGUCCAUCCUGCUAGCAGCAGCUGUUCCUCUGGAUCGCAGGACACACUGAUUCUUUCAUCACCUGAACAGGUUACUCACCGUACACAGUGUUGGCCCACUACAUUUCCUGUACCUAAUUUUGCUUACGACACAGAGCUUGUGCUGGCCUCAGGAAAUGAAGUUUUCAAGAAGGAUGGAACCUACCCCACUAGUGCGCAGUUUAACGAUGUUGCUGAGGCACUGAUUCAGAAGCAUCCUUGCCUUAAAGAUCCAGGGUCAUAUAAUGGAUGCUACGCAUGGCAACAAAGACUAAAAUAUAAAAUGGCCAGCUAUAGAUCUAAAUUGAGAGGGCUAGGAUGCCCUGAGCUUGAUGUGAACUCUCUCAGAAAGAAGCGAGCGCAUGAGAAAGCCCCUGCAAAGAAUAUCAAAAAGCCAAGAAGGGCAGAGGUGAACUAUUUCCCUCCUCACCCACAAGGAGAAACAGAAGGAACUUUGGAACAUGUAAGAUUGGAGCUCCUUGAUGAAGUAAAGAAGAGGAACAACUGCCAGGUCAUCAGUGAGAAAAUGGCAAAGACUUUCUCCAUUCGCAGGCAGGAAGUUGUCAAUCAAGCACCACAAAUCUGUGACAUAAGAGACCGAUGGCCGGCUCUUUUCGAUGCAACUCAGAUAAAUGAAUAAUUCAGAAGGAUCACCACUGGUUGCCUUGAGAGAACAUUCAUGGCAAAACUGGACCAGUAUACCCCAAAAAUAAUGGCACUGGUGUCCUCAAGAGGAGGAGCUGCAAAAAUGAAGAUUCAGCACAUAAAGAACAUGCUGCUAGAGGACCAGUCGGUAGAAAGUAGGAGAGAAGCUGCAAUCCGUAGCCUAAUCGUGUACCUGAGAGAACAGGAGGAGGAUCUCUUUAAAGAACAGCUGAAUGGUGAUGAAGUGAUGAAGAUUGUUGUGAGCAGAGGGGCAUCUGAACCAGCCAACGCAACAGUGGUGAUUGAGGGAGCAGAAGUCCUGGAUGGCCUGACUGUCCCAAGAGCAUGUGCCUUGCUCAUGGGACUAAUGUAUGCACUCAACCUGAGUUACCCAAAAGAACUGAAAAGCACUUUUGAGGUAUUUCAAAAGAUAUUCCUUGAGCUGGAUGCUCUGAGAGCAAGUCCCAAGGUAAUGUCUCUAAAAGCUAAACUGCUGCACUGAAAAUUAGGCUGCAUUCUAAUUUCACUGUUAUGUUUAAUGCAGUUUAAUACAAGUCAUUUCUUUGAAGGAUAAUUUUGAAGACUAGUUUGUAAUUUUUUUUUUUACUUUUGAGGUGUUGUCAAU